AUGGGCUUCGCAGUGAGGAACAACCUGCUGAAUACGAUACAACCAGGCAGCAACGGCUCCAAGAGACUCCUCACUAUCCGCCUCAACACCAACGCAGGCCCUGUCACCUUCGUCAGAGUGUACGCCCCGACACUCUCUGCCACACCGGACAUCAAGGACGAGUUUUAUGACAAGCUGGCAACGACCAUCAGCAUUAUACCCAGCAAGGACCAACUUGUUCUCCUGGGUGACUUCAACGCCAAAGUGGGUGCUGAUCAUGACUCUUGGCCUUCGUGCCUUGGACAGCAAGAUGAACGACAACGGUCAGAGACUGCUCGAGCUAUGCACUUACCACAACUUGUGCAUAGCCAACUCCUUCAGGACCAAGCCCCAGCACAAGGUCUCCUAGAGACAUCCACACUCAAAGCACUGGCACCAGCUGGAUCUUAUUCUGGUCAAACGAUCCACCAUUAA